GCGUGCGCAGAAAGAAGAGGACCAAGCGUCUGCUUGAAAGGCCCAUGCGAUAACGGUGAACUCGUGUUUCUGGUGAGAUACCAGCCCUGAAAUUUGUGAGAAUUAUUAACCAGAUUACGAAUUCGUAGUGUAAAUCUAUCACAUUUGACCAUCAGCAGACGGAAGAGGUCUACGUUUGGACAAGUGUAGGACUACUACAAGGAGUUCAUUUGGAAGCCAGCAGGACUAGGCCCCGAGUCUAGCAUCACACCACAAUGGCAGACGACUUUGAUAUUGAGGCCAUGCUGGAAGCUCCUUAUAAGAAGACUUGCCUAACGAUAUCUCACCUCUACUCCCAUGAAUUCCAGUGUGAACUGUCAAAAAAUGAAGGAUGAGACCAAAUCAGUUAGCACCAAUGGCCAUGAAGAACGCAGCAAAAAGAAGAAAAAGAGCCGGAGCCGCAGCAAGAGCCGGGAACGGGAUCGCAAGAAGAGUAAGAGUCGUGAUCGGGAAAGGAAGCGGAGUCAUGACCGAGACAGGGAGCGGCGGCGCAGCAAGAGCCGAGAACGCCGGCGCAGUCGCAGCAAGGAACGUCGACGCAGCCGCUCUCGAAGCAAAGAGCGUGGAGGCCGCUACCGUGCUCCAUUUUCUGGGCCGAAAUUAAACGGUGGUUCCAGGGGGAAGACUGGCCCACCACCUGGCAUCAAACUAAGCCGUAGGCGAUCCAAGAGCAAAAGCCCUUUCCGGAAAGACAAGAGCCCUGUGAGACAGCCAAUUGAUAAUCUGACUCCAGAGGAGAGAGAUGCUCGGACCGUGUUCUGCAUGCAGCUGGCUGCCCGGAUCCGUCCCAGAGAUCUGGAGGAGUUCUUCUCCGCUGUGGGAAAGGUUCGAGAUGUGAGGAUGAUCUCAGACAGAAACUCCAGAAGGUCGAAAGGCAUCGCCUAUGUGGAGUUUGUGGAUGUGACCUCUGUGCCUUUGGCUAUCGGCCUAUCAGGACAGAGGCUACUCGGUGUGCCCAUCAUUGUUCAGGCAUCACAGGCUGAAAAGAACAGAGCUGCAGCCAUGGCCAACAAUCUUCAGAAGGGCACUGCCGGGCCCAUGCGCCUGUAUGUGGGCUCACUCCACUUCAACAUCACAGAGGACAUGCUCCGGGGCAUCUUUGAACCUUUUGGGAGGAUUGAGAGUAUUCAGCUCAUGAUGGACAGUGAGACAGGCAGAUCCAAAGGAUAUGGCUUUAUCACGUUUGCUGACGCAGAGUGUGCUAAGAAGGCCUUGGAGCAGCUGAAUGGCUUUGAGCUGGCUGGCCGGCCCAUGAAGGUGGGACAUGUCACAGAGCGCACGGACGCAUCCUCUGCCAGCUCCUUCCUGGAUAAUGACGAGCUGGAGCGCACGGGCAUCGACCUGGGCACCACCGGGCGCCUGCAACUCAUGGCGAGGCUGGCAGAAGGAACAGGUCUACAGAUUCCUCCAGCUGCACAGCAAGCACUCCAGAUGAGUGGAUCCAUACCAAUGGGAGCUGUGGCUGCAGCUGCUGCGGCCAUGGGUCCUGCCCUUAACCUGAACCUCAACUUGCCCAGCAUGAAUACAAAUCAGGCGCUCAAUCUUCCCUCCCAGCCUAUCGCUACACACUGUUUCCAGCUGUCCAAUAUGUUCAACCCUCAGUCGGAGAACCAUGCUGGCUGGGAUGUUGAGAUUCAGGAUGAUGUCAUAGAAGAGUGCAACAAACACGGUGGAGUCGUGCACAUAUAUGUAGACAAAAAUUCAGCUCAAGGUAACGUGUAUGUAAAAUGCCCAACCAUCCCUGGAGCAAUGGCAGCUGUAAAUGCGUUACAUGGACGGUAUUUUGCAGGAAAAAUGAUCACAGCAGCGUACGUUCCUCUCCCCACGUACCACAACCUCUUCCCAGACUCAGUCACCGCCACACAGCUUCUCAUGCCCACUCGCCGAUGAUCUGCUGUAUCUGUGUAAAACCAUGCAAACACAGAUCGCAAUCUGUUGGACAUUCAAACCCCCUCCCCCCCGGCUCUUUUUUUAACACUUUUAGGCUAGUCUGUGAUCAUUGUUUCUGUAACGCAAGUCAUGACACAUUGUUAUGUCAGUUGAUACUGUAUGUAUUGUCUUUUAAUUUUUGUUUCAGGUGAUGUUCUUUUUUUUUUCGUUCGCAAAGAGCCUUUUUUCCCACAUAAUGUGUAUGUGGAUUUUUUUUUUUAUGUACAUUUAAGGCUCAGACAUUGCGGCAGUGUUCAGACUGAAAUCCAGUGUAUUGACUGAACAGUGCAAUUCAAAUGGCCAGUUUGAUUUUUUGAUCAUUUUCACUUUCCACAUGUCUAUGGGAGCAGUGAUUUCUAAUUGGCAUGUAGAUCAUUUAAAGAAGAACUGGACAGCCAGGCACAACUGGACAACACCACAGUAUUUUGAAACUCCUUUUUUGAACGAGACUACAGUUUCAGAUGAACAUCAGCACAUUCAGUUUUUUAGGCUCUAUGAGCUGUGGGGAACUAUGUAACCCAGAAUUCCUUUUAUGUUGACUUGGAAACCAUUUGAUAUAGAGGUAUCUGUUUUCUAAUCAAGAUUUGAUUUUGUAAAGCCCUUGACAAAAAUUGAUUUCAAAUAAAGUCAUAGUGCUGUGA